GGCACCGCGGCCCCACUGACGUCACCGCGACGCCCCUUAGUGGGCGGGACGGAAGUGACAUCAGAGGGGCUGCUGCUCAAAGAUACUUUGCUGCUGGUCAGGCCUGAGUUGCUGCUGACUCUCCUGCCGUCACCAUGGUUCUAGCUGGGCUUGUGCGGGGACUGGCCGGCCUGGCUGUGUCUCCGGCGCCCUGCCUGGGCCUGGGCCUGGGGCGCCUGCCCAGGGCAGCACUCAGCUGGCUGGGGUCCCCGGCCCUGGCUGUCGCCUCCCUGCAGUCAGAGCGAGGGCUGCACGGCUCGGCCAGCCUGAGCAACAACAGAUGCGACUGGAAGCAGCGCAGCAAGUACACCAUCCGGCCUAUCGGCAUGAAGAAGACCGGCGGGCGGGACCACACCGGGAGGGUGCGGGUGUGCGGCAUCGGCGGCGGACACAAGCAGCGCUACCGCAUGAUCGACUUCCAGCGGCUGCGCUUCCAGCCCGGCGCCCAGGGGCAGGGCUUCGAGGAGAAGGUGCUGGAGGUUCGCUACGACCCCUGCAGGUCGGCGGACAUCGCCCUGCUGGCCGGCGGGACCCGCAAGCGUUGGAUCAUUGCCACGGAGAACAUGCAGACCGGCCAGGUGCUGAAGACCUCGGGCCACAUCGGCAGAAUGGCCGUGUCGGCCCGGGAGGGGGAUGCCCACCCACUGGGGGCGCUUCCCGUGGGAACGCUGGUCAACAGCCUGGAGGUGCAGCCGGGACGUGGAGCACAGUACAUCCGAGCGGCAGGCACCUGUGGGCUGUUACUAAGGAAGGUGAAUGGUACCGCCAUUGUCCAGCUGCCCUCCAAGCGCCAGGUUCAGGUGCUGGAGUCGUGCGUGGCCACGGUGGGCCGGGUCUCUAACGUUGGCCACAACAAGCGAGUGUUGGGGAAGGCGGGCUGCAACCGCUGGCUGGGCCGGCGGCCGAGCAGUGGCCUGUGGCAGCGGAAGGGGGGUUGGGCAGGGAGGAAGAUCCGGCCCAUCGCCUCCAUGAAGAGCUACGUACAGCGACCCUCACGAGCCCCCGCCGGCUGAGAGGACACAAAAUAAACAGCAUCACAAGGA